CCUGGUGGCGUCUGCUGGCCCGGCUGCGGAGCCUGGGCUGAUUGAGGUUGGAGCUAAGCAAGCGGAGCGGUUAUUCAGCGAGAGGUCACGGCGCAGGGACGGUGCAUACUCUCCAACUCUUGUUUUACAUUUUUCCUCACCGUCGCCAAGUUGCCCAGUUAUUUGUUUCAAGAGAAAGUCAGGCUGCUGGUGUGAUAUUAGCGUAUUUCCUCGGACUUUGAACUGAGGUUGUUCACUGAGCGCAACAGCUGCUUCGGAGCUCAGUUUGGAUUAUACAGUGGACUUAUGUUCUGGGCAAAAACAAAGCUGUACGUCGUUUAAUAUAGACUUCAUUUAAAAGUUUGGAUUUGCUGUAAAAGCACACUUCUCCGUGCCUUUUAGGUAUGCCUGUGGUCAUCAGCGUGUCUCCGGACAGGUAACCAGGUGCGUUGCUGCUGUCAUGGCCUUUCCUUCCCUGUGGCUGUUUCCCGUCACUGUGGUCACAGUCCUGGUGGUGCUGGUGUCGUCUUCACAGGAACAUGAGUGGCACUUUAACCCAGCUCAGUGUCGUUACGCCCUGGGGAUGGAGGAUGGCACCAUCCCAGACUCUGACAUCACUGCCUCCAGUGCCUGGUCAGACUCCACUGAGGCCAAACAUGGGAGAUUGAGUACUGGAGAGGGGGAUGGAGCAUGGUGUCCUGCAGGUGCCGUUUUCCCCAGUGGAUCAGAAUACCUUCAGAUUGACCUGCGAAGACUUCACUUCCUGGCUUUGGUUGGUACCCAAGGUCGUCACGCCGAUGGGCACGGCCAGGAGUUUGCCCGCAGUUAUCGGCUCCGCUACUCUCGAGAUGGAAUGAAAUGGAUCACCUGGAAGGACCGCUGGGGCCAGGAAGUAGUGUCAGGUAAUAAGAACACCUAUGAUAUUGUGCUGAAAGACUUGGGCCCUCCGAUCGUGGCGCGCAUGGUGCGCUUCUACCCCCUGGCUGACCGGGUUAUGAGUGUUUGCCUUCGGGUGGAGCUCUAUGGUUGUGUAUGGGAUGAUGGGUUGAAGGCUUACACAGCUCCAGUUGGUCAUGUCAUGCAACUGCCAGGCAUGCCCGUCUAUCUAAAUGACUCCACCUACGAUGGGAGCACUGAGCAGGGGGUGCAGUUUGGAGGCCUGGGUCAGCUGUGUGAUGGCGUCCUGGGUGGAGACGACUUCAUACAAACUAAGGAGCUGAGGGUGUGGCCCGGUUACGACUAUGUGGGCUGGAGCCGGGAAGCCCUUGGACAAGGCAGCGUGGACAUUGAGUUCCACUUUGAGAAACCACGGGUCUUCCACAACAUGCAGGUGCACAGUAACAACCUUCACACCCAGGGUGUGCGAGUCUUCAGCAAGGUGGAUUGUCUUUUUAAGCCGGGCAUCCUCCAGCCCUGGGCUUCUCCUGCCCUCACCCUGCUUGUGCCCCUGGAAGAUCUGAAGGACCCCUCCUCCCGACCCAUCUCCCUUCCACUGGGAGGGCGCCUGGCUCAGAUCCUUCGCUGCACAUUCUACUUCGCUGACCGCUGGCUGCUCAUCAGUGAGAUAUCCUUCCUCUCUGAGCCAUUUGAGGAGGAUGUGACAGAGCCUGAUUCAUAUCCUUCUAAUCUGCCCAAGAUUCCUACCACCAGUUCCUUUCCUCCUCCUGUUAAUCACACCUCCUCCUCUACCACGUCAAAUCACCGCCCCAGCACCACCACCGGGCCUUCUGAACCCCCCACCACCUCCUUCCUGACGGAUACCACGGCUAAUUGGACACUGUCAGGGCCAGAGUUUGCCGCUGUGACUCCCAGGGCGGGGCUUCCUGUAGCCAAGGAUGACAGCAGUAAUACAGCAAUUCUGAUUGGCUGCCUGGUGGGCAUCAUCCUGCUGCUGCUGGCUGUGAUAGCCGUCAUUCUAUGGAGGCAGUACUGGAAAAAGAUACUGGGCAAGGCCCAGGGCAGUCUAUCCACCGAUGAGCUGCGGGUGCACUUGUCAGUGCCGUCGGACAACGUGGUCAUCAACAAUACCCACAGCUGCUCAAGCCGUUACCAGCGCAUACACACUUUCCCUGAUGACCUUGACCAUGACAGAGAGGGAGAAGGAGAGUACCAGGAGCCUAGUGCUCUGCUCCGAUCGAGGGAUCACAGGGACAGCACAGCCUUGCUGUUAAACAACCCAGCCUAUCAUCUGCUCCUGUCAGAUCACAGAAAAGGCUCCAGACCCCUAAUCGUCCCCAGCACCUCCCAGACUCAGGAAAAGAGCCUUAAUGUGCCCCAGGCCUGUGGUUUGGACAUGGAGAAGGGCUUCACACCAGCCCAGGAGGAGCCUCCUCCCUAUCCUGGCUCCCCCCCUUACCCUUCCCUUUCUCCCCCCGUGUCUCCCCCAAUGCCUCCCAGUGUCCCCCACUAUGCUGAGGCAGACAUUGUGAGCCUGCAGGGUGUCAGUGGUAACAACACCUAUGCUGUGCCCGCCUUGGCCUCUUCGAGCCCCGGUGCUGACCCCGCCCCACUGCCGGAGCUGCCACGCCAGUGCCUCAUUUUCAAAGAGAAACUGGGAGAGGGGCAAUUUGGGGAGGUGCACCUGUGUGAAAUCGAGAACCCUCAGGACCUUCCCAACUUGGAAUUCCCCUUCAAUGUAAGAAAAGGUCGCCCUCUUCUGGUAGCAGUGAAGAUACUGCGCCCAGAUGCUUCUAAGAAUGCCAGGAACGACUUCCUGAAAGAGGUGAAAAUCUUGUCUCGCUUGAAGGAUCCGAACAUCAUCCGGUUGCUAGGAGUGUGUGUGAGCAGUGAUCCCCUCUGUAUGGUCACUGAGUACAUGGAAUGCGGAGACUUGAACCAGUAUCUGUCCCACCGAGUGCUUCUGGACAAAACGGGGCCUUCACAAAACAUCCCGACCAUCAGUUAUCCUGCCCUUAUAUCUAUGGCCAGCCAGAUUGCAUCAGGAAUGAAGUUCCUCUCGUCCCUCAAUUUUGUGCACCGGGAUCUGGCCACACGUAACUGUCUGGUUGGGGGUGAGAGGGGUGAGAGCUCAGAGGAUCAGGGUGGUGAGCGUCACAUUAAGAUAGCCGAUUUUGGUAUGAGCAGGAACUUGUAUGCUGGAGAUUACUACAGGAUCCAGGGCAGAGCUGUGCUACCAAUACGCUGGAUGGCCUGGGAGUGUAUACUCAUGGGCAAGUUCACCACAGCCAGCGAUGUGUGGGCGUUCGGGGUCACUCUGUGGGAGAUGCUGAGCGUUUGUCACGAGCAGCCGUACUCCACCCUCACUGAUGAACAAGUCAUUGACAACGCUGGGGAGUUCUUCAGAGACCAGGGCAGACAGGUAUAUCUGAGCAGGCCAGCCGUGUGUCCCCAGGGUCUCUAUGAGCUCAUGUCAAGCUGCUGGAACAGAGACUGCAAACUUCGCCCGUCCUUCGCCUACAUCCACUCCUUUCUCACUGAGGAUGCCAUGAACAUGGUGUAAAGAGACAGUCAGGGGAACUUUAGAAGAACGGCAUUGUCAAAGAUGGGAAAUGUCUCGUAUGUUUGUGCAUCUUUGCUACAGUAGGAAGCUAGUGGUGGAGGUGCUGCACAACAGAGGGGAGAGUGGGUUGCUCGCUUUUGUAUUUUGUACUUUUGGGUGAAUGGGGCUGAGACACCGCUGGAUCGGUUUAUUUCCACUUCAGACCCCAACGCCAAAGGCAAAACUAACCCUAGCUUUAGAUGGAUAACAGUUUGAGCUACAUUUCACGGUGGCUGGUGGUGGGUGCAGACUGCAUAGGAGUUUUUUCUCUUCUCAGAUAUUUAACAUACAAGGUUUGUGUGACCAGUGAUAAGUGCUGUACAGAUGAAAAUACGGGAAACCAUAGAGGCAAAAUGAAAGAAAAUAGUCCAAACUAUGACCAUAGCAAGCUAGAAAACAGCCAGUUGUAAAGCUUCAUGACUUGCUUUAUUCAGCAUCUUAAAGACUGCAUGUGUGCUAAUGGGUGAAGGCGCACAUGACACAAACUGAACGCCUGCUGUUAAGGAAAGGAAACUGCACACACAUUGUCUUACUGUUUAUAAUAUGUGUAGAUUCCUUACACAUUUAAAUCAGACAUUUCUUAAAUUCUCUGACACACAAGCAGAAGAAAGGAUUUGACACUGAGACAUGGCUGAUGGCUAACUUAGGUGUGUUAAACAUGGGUGGCAGGAGAUCUUACCACAUCAUCAAUCCUUUACGUCUCAGCCCCAAAGCCUUACACAGUGACCUGCAUCCACACAUUUAAGUUACUGUGGACUAAUGUGAAAUGAUGUGGACCAGACAACAGCAACUGCAAUGAGACAAUGUUGAGUUUGCUCUCAACCACCAAUUCAAGAAGUCCAACCUUGUUUUUGAGCCACAGGGACAAAAAUGAUCCCUGGUGCCAAAUGGACUUCUCAAACCUGAGGAAAAAGGCACUGAAGAGGAGUCUGCUGCUGCAAGUGAGACCUACAAAGUAGCACGGCUUUUCCAAGCAGAGGCAGUACUGCCAGCCAAGGAAGUGGAAGGGACAUCUUCAGAUGAACCUGCUUUUUUUUUUUUUUAAUGGCAAGUUUUACUAUCUGGCUUUGACCCAGACACAAAGGCUAGGUGUAAAAUUCUGCAACCAGCUGCACUUUAAAUCCUCCAUGCAUAUCCCCCCCAGCAAUGAUGAAACUCUUCCCUUUGAGGAACCUGAAUGAUGAUUCCUGUGGGUGUGGAUUCUGAUGCAUUUUACUUGGAGAUACUUGCCAAGAGAGAUCAAAAUGCAUAACAGGCGGAUUUUAUAAAGGUAUAAUCUGUUUGCCUUUUUAAAUCGUAUCCCACAAGGCACUACCAAACCAUUAGAUGUAAAAUGUUUUUUUUAAUAGAAUGACAAUAUCAGUUCAUCUCAUUUUAAAUGUAUGAAACAUUUAAUUCUGAAAUGUUCAGCGUGUUGAUGCGUUUACCCUGAAUAGUCUUCUCUCAUCCAAAUGCAUUACUGUAUUUUAAAAAAAGUUACGCGUUGCUUGAACUGGCAGUCGUGAUUUUAGUGUUAAUGUCAAUAUCAAUCUCUACAUUAUUCCAUAUUAGUACAUUAAGCUGACAGCAGUACAAUCAAUGCAUCUACCUUACUAAUUGUAUAGCACUGUAAAUCAGAUCAAGAUCAAGAAAUGCAUUUACUGAUUGUGAAUGGUUGUGCCAUUUGAGUCUUUUUUGAUACACUGUAGUUCAACUAAACCCAUAUUUUUAUAUACAGUGUACUGUAUGUAGUUAGACAUUACUCGAUGUCUGAUCUCAUCCUUUGUGUCUGAAGCUGAACAUUAUAGUAUGUACAUAUUUUGGACAGAACUGUAAUUUCUUUUACUAAUAUAUGGAGAACAUUGCAUUUGGGGUCUUCUCAAUCUCUGUAGAAUGCUUGCUACCUUGAUGCCAUUGUAAUUCAUUGUGUUGUCUAUUUUUGUAGAUGUUUUAAUAAAGUUAACCUUUUCAGAUAAAUCAAAGUGUGGUCCACAUUUCCACUGCGUGAAACCUCUUGUCAGCUUAAAAACAAACAAACAAAAAAACACAGGUUAGCUUGAGUAAUUAAACCAUAUUUAAUUGUCGAUUGUUAAUAUUUCACUACAGGUAAAUAUUGAAUAUAACUUUCAAACUUUGUGAACUACUUUUAAUAUAAAUGAACAGAACAGACAUGCAGCAGCACAUUUAAGGGAUGUAAAAGAUUAGAAGAAUGUACAAAAGGAGCAGAGACCGAGUUGGCUUUUAUCACCAGCUGUUGCUAGUGACAACCAAUGGCUUAUGAUCUGUUGGAUAUAAGGAAAUAUUCCCUGACUGAUGUGUAAUAUGCUUAUCUGGAAUAGUCAACUGGAUGUGACUUUUAACCAGGCACUUGGUAGUAACAAACUGCUUAAGGCUCGGCAGCUAGAAAAACUUUGGACACUUAGUGAAGAGUCUGGAAAAAAAAAAAAAGUAGAAACUGGCCUCCUCGCUUCUGAACAGAGGUAAUGCAGUGUCGUUCAGCAACAAGACCUAAAAAUCAAACGUAUCCUAUAAUACCCAGUGUCAACUUUAAAACAGAAAAUCAGUACAACAAAAAUCCUGUCUUCUGUGUGCGAGUAUAUCAUCCAGACAGCAACCACAUUAAAGCAGCAAGCUGGUUUGUUAACUUGGUGAUGGUCCUUUGUCAGCCUUCCUAUGUCAAGGCCAAGAUUCCUGAAGACACUACAGCAAAGACAAAAGUCAGCAUUGUUUUUUUUUUUCCCUCCACCACAACAUACAUUUGCAUACUUACAUUGUUCUCAACAGGAAACUACUAUGAUAUACUCCCACUUCCUCUGCCUUCAUUCUGGUGCAAAGAAAAUCCUUCCUCUUUGUGUACAACUGAUAUAUCUGGCUCUGUCAUGUAGUUAGUUACUAUAAACUAGCAACACACCAGCUUUGUCUCUUCGUAAUUAACAAGUGGACAAAGAG